AUGUCUGGAUCUAAUGAAGGCCACGGCCGCAAGCGCGGUCGCGAGUCUGAGAGCAACUCGCCAGAACCCAACAAUGCUGCAAAAGUUCGAAAGACCGUACAGCUUCCUACUCGUAAGAAGUCCGAAGACAAGAUGAAUGGUGUCAAUGGAUCUCAGACCGAUCAGACUGUCAUUGCCUCAACCGAGCAAGAUGACCAGAAUGUUAUCGUUGUCGCCUCCCAACAAGAGGGCAAUGUUGAUCAACCGGAGGCGGCCGAGCGGCUUCGUCGUUCCGACACCCCUUCUGUCAGUCCUGGUAGACUUGCCGAGAUCCAGCAGCGCCAGGCUGAGGCCGGCAUGGUCUCGCCUCGAGCUUCUACCACUAGUCAAGGCUCUCACUCAACAAGCAAUGGUUUACCCGAAGCUUCCAAGAAUGCCAUGAACGGCCAACUCGACGGUCAAGCUCCUUACUAUUCCACCGACGCCCUUCGAAAUGCGAUGGUUCGUGAUUAUUUCACGCGCAAUCCGAUCACUGACGUUGAGAACGUUCUCCAAGCGUACUAUCAGAAAUACUCAACUGAUCUUGCGCCGUUCGACUAUGGAGACAGCACCCCGGACAAGUUGCUCAUGUGCGUUUGCCUCUCGACUGAUGACGGUCGUGAGUACAUCGAGUGUGAUAACGGCUUCAAAUGCAUGAAGCGCUUCUUCCACCCCGGCUGUGUUGGCAUCUCCAGCGUGUCUGACCUUGAGCAGGGCGAGGAAUGGUUUUGUCCGGACUGCAUGAAGGAGGGACUUGGUGGUGCCGCCGCUUACCGCAAGAAGCUCGCUCACCUGAAGCGUACGCCUCCCAACCUUGUCCGAGGCGCCGGAGCAACCAAUAUCUCUGGCCAACCCAUCAUCGCAGGACGCUUGAAUGCCGCAGCACCGAUGGUCAUGCCUGCAUCCGCUACCGUCAAGCCCUGGACCGCUGACCACGAUACCAAAUUUCUCGCCAACCCAGACAACCUUCAUGAUCUCAACAUUGAGACUCUAGCCAUGGCUAAAGAAACCCUCCGUGCUCGUGCCGCCCAACCUCUGGGACAGCCCGUUCCAAGCGCUCCUGUUGUCGUUAGCGGUACCAUUGUCAAGCAGCCCAACAAGAAUUCCUGGUCGAAGGAAGAAGACGCUGUGCUUAUCGAAUGCAUUGGGGCUGCUGUCAAGAAAGGCCUUUGUGGCAAUCCUCUUUGGGACACCGUCAUCGGCGAACUUCAUGCCAAAGGGGUUGACCGCAAGCUCGGUGCUGCCCGCAACCGCUGGAUGCGCGGACUUCGAGAGGAGACCAAGUUCGACGAGCGACGCAAGAAGAACUCCAAAAAGCUAACCACUGCCGUCCAGAUCCACAAGGAUUUGCGUGACCCCAACUCUCCUCGCCGCAAGAAGCGCUACCAGGUGUCUCGCAAGUACAACGAUCCUCCUGGGACGUUGGUCAAUCCCAGUCCACUCAAGCAAGCUCUGAGCACCAAGUCCUACGACGUUGUCCCUCCUUCGGAUUCGACUGCUCCCUCCAGCCCGUUCCGUCCUGCUGCCGUCGCUUCGAGCCCGGUUCUCAAUCAUCACGUUCGCUUCGCCGUCGAUGGGGAUGUUGACAUGAAGAACUAUGGCGACAACGCUGGCUACAUCACUGAUAAAGACGACAUCAAAGACCGUCUUGUUCGUCGUCGCCCCCGCAAUGACUAA